GUUGUUUGUUCAGUACAUGAAGCGCGAGAUGAACGGAAGGCGGAAUGGAUACCUGGCGAGUUAAAGGGUCCAUUCGUACAGUAUCAGUAAGCUAGCAGACCGCUGCUGUGACAUGACUAUCACGAGUUUGUCGAUGCCGACGCGGGGCGUACAAAUACGCGUUGCUGUAAUAACGCCAGUUUCACGAUUAUAAAUGUAAUUGGCAGGUUUAUAACGGUAUCAAUGAAAAGGCAUGUGCGUGGACCGUGUGGUCAUUUGUAUUGGCCAGCAUCGAUCCACUAUGCGUACUCUCACGGACACAUUCCACAUCUAAUAAUUUAGUUGUCAGACGGUUCUUUGGACAAUGGAUGAACUGUAUAACACAACUGCCAUAAAUUUAUUUUCUAGGAAUAAUUCGCAAGGAAAGACAGAGGAUUCCAAUUUAAAUUUAACCAAGGACUCAAUAGUUGGAUUGACUACUUUAUACGCUGUAACCACAUUAUUGUCAGUUAUCGGAAAUGCUUUGGCGGUCAUUGUUUUUGCACGGGGUAAGCGUUCCCGGACAGACUUACGUCCGUUUCUCAUCAACCUGGCGGUCGCCGACCUACUCAUGGCAAUAUUCUGUAUGCCAUUUACUUUUGCGGAUGCUAUUUUUCAAACAUGGAUAUUUUCAGCGCCCAUGUGUCCUAUCGUUUUGUUUGUCCAAUUACUGUCUGUGGCAUCAAGUGUUUUUACGAACAUGGCCAUUGGUAUCGAUAGAUUCUUGGUAGUGACAUUUCCUUUACGUUUACGUUUCACGCAAAAACGUGCAAAAUAUGUGUUAUCAUUGAUAUGGAUAGCGUCGAUUGGUCUGGCGUCAGUUCAGUUGGGUGUGGCUCGGGGUCACUACCUAGGUAAACAGACCCUUAUAUGUAACGAGGUAUGGCCCUCUCUUGACUCCCGCAGGGUCUACACCAUCUUCGUGCUUUUGUUUACUUACGUCAUUCCGCUUAUUAUACUCUCCGUCACAUAUUCCAUUGUGGGGAUUUUACUAUGGAAACGAACUUCCCCCGGAAACAGUGAUCAUUUCCGGGAUUUCCUACAAUGGCGGUCAAAAAUCAAGGUUGUGAAGAUGCUGGUCAUCGUCGUCGCCAUGUUUGGUUUGUGUUGGCUGCCAUUACACAUAUUCAUCAUAGUCACGGAUUUCUACCCGGAUGUGCUCAACUACACUUCCGCCGAAGACGAAAAGACCGUACUUGGGAUCUAUCUCGGCUCUCAUUGGCUCGCCAUGUCGAACAGCUUUGCGAACCCAAUCAUUUAUGGUUUUACAAACGAAAGUUUUAGGGCGGACCUUUUAACCCUGUUCUACAUGUGGUUUCCGUGUUGCCAUUGUAUUAAAGACGUACUUCAUAGGACCAAUAGCCGAGUAACGCGAGACAGCGUCGUUUUUCGGCGACUUAGCACAUUGCGAAGGAGUGAGGGAAAUAUGAACGAUUUUAAAAGGAGCAGGUUCCCUAAAAGAGUUUGGAGCUCCUUAAGGCACGAAGACCUCAAACAGACUCGAGCGACGUCGAAUAGAGAUAGAGCGGGAAGUCACUGUAACGUCAUUCUUAAUUCACGACGCCAUACAAUUUGUAAAAUUGUUGUUGAUGUCAUGGAGAUAUCAGAAAUGGAAAACGCAUCAGUGAUACGUGAAUCUAGCCAAUAAAAGACUGCAUUGGUGAUUACAUUUUUUGAAUCAAAAUGUUGUUUG